AGACAGGCAGUGUAUGUUAGUACGGUGUUGUAUCUGUGCUGGGCUAGCUGCACUCAUGGCUCGUAAACGGAGUGGAGGCUGCUGCCCCCGGCCGCCCCUCAAUGAGGACAAUGCCCGCUUCUGCCUGCUGGCAGGGCUUAUCCUGCUCUACCUGCUGUGUGGGGCGGCUGUGUUCUCAGCCCUGGAGCGCCCCUCCGAGCUCCGUGCCCGCCGCCUCUGGGACCAGCAGCUGGCCAACUUCACCCUGAGUCACCAGGUAAGCCUGGGAGCCUUGCACGCGCUGCUGAGACAGUAUGGAGAGGCCAAUGGGGCUGGGAUCAGAGUGGACGCUCUUAGGCCCCGCUGGGACUUCUCUGGAGCCUUCUACUUUGUCGGCACGGUUGUGUCCACCAUCGGCUUUGGUAUGACCACCCCAGCUACCAUCCCUGGUAAAAUAUUCCUGAUCUUCUACGGCCUCAUUGGCUGUGCCGCCACCAUCCUCUUCUUCAACCUCUUCCUGGAGAGGAUCAUCACCAUGCUAGCCUACAUCAUGCGCUGGUGCCACGAGCGGAGGAUGAGGCGCUCAGGGGUGGGGCCUGUGUCUGGGGACGGGGAGCCCCGCAGAGAGGAGGACAGUCUGGAGGGUUGGAAGCCCUCUGUCUACUACGUGAUGCUGAUCCUGGGAGUGGCGUCUGUGCUGAUUGCCUGCAGCGCCUCCUCUCUGUACUGCUCCAUGGAAGACUGGAGCUACAUGGACUCCCUGUACUUCUGCUUUGUGGCCUUCAGCACUAUCGGCUUCGGGGACCUGGUGAGCAGCCAGAGGGAGCGUUAUGAGGCCCAGGAUGCCUAUCGCCUGGGCAACUGUCUCUUCAUCCUCAUGGGCGUGUGCUGCAUCUACUCCCUGUUCAACGUUAUCUCCAUCAUCAUCAAACAGACUCUCAACUGGAUCCUGACCCAGCUGGCUUGCCCAGGCCGGCGCUGUCCCUGCUCUUGCCCUAAGAGGGGCCUCUGCCGGCGGCGACACCGCUACACAGACGCCUCGGUGGAGACAGUGUGUAACAGCGAGACAGACGCAGGGAUGGGGGUGGACGGGGUCGCUGGAGGCCGGCGUCUCUCUGGGGAGAUGAUCUCGGUGAAUGACUUCACAGCAUCCAAUAAGGUGUCUCUGGCGCUGCUGCAGAAGCAGCUGUGUGAGACGGCCCACCAGGGCCCCCGUCAGAGCCACGUUCCUCGUCACAACGGCUUCUCUGGGGGGGUGGGCGCAUUCGCCAUCAUGAACAACCGCCUGCAGGAGACCAGUGUGGACAGGUAA